GGCCGGUCCGUGUCCGUGUCCUGCCGCCGGUCUCGGCCCUGCCCGCGCCGCCCUCGGCCCGCCCGGCCCCGCCGCCGCCCCGCCAUGGCCAACGUGGCCGACACGAAGCUCUACGACAUCCUGGGCGUGCCGCCCGGCGCCUCCGACAAUGAACUCAAGAAGGCAUACAGAAAACUGGCCAAGGAAUAUCAUCCUGAUAAGAAUCCAAAUGCAGGGGACAAAUUCAAAGAAAUAAGCUUUGCCUAUGAAGUAUUGUCAAAUCCUGAGAAACGUGAGCUGUAUGAUAGAUAUGGAGAGCAGGGGCUCCGAGAAGGGAGUGGAAGCAGUGGAAUGGACGAUAUUUUCUCCCAUAUCUUUGGUGGUGGAUUGUUCAAUUUCAUGGGAGGCCAAAGUAGAAGUCGCAAUGGUAGAAGAAGAGGAGAAGAUAUGAUGCAUCCCCUCAAAGUCUCUUUAGAAGAUCUGUAUAAUGGAAAGACAACUAAACUACAACUUAGCAAGAAUGUCCUUUGUAGUGCAUGUAAUGGGCAGGGAGGGAAGGCUGGCUCCGUUCAGAAGUGCAACGCCUGCCGGGGCCGGGGCGUGCGCAUCAUGAUCCGGCAGCUGGCCCCGGGAAUGGUGCAGCAGAUGCAGUCUGUGUGCUCUGACUGCAAUGGAGAAGGUGAAGUAAUUAAUGAAAAAGACCGCUGUAAAAAAUGUGAAGGGAAGAAGGUGAUCAAAGAGGUAAAAAUACUUGAAGUCCAUGUAGAUAAAGGCAUGAAACAUGGGCAAAGAAUUACAUUCAGUGGAGAAGCAGAUCAGGCUCCCGGUGUCGAACCAGGCGAUAUUGUCCUUUUACUGCAAGAGAAGGAGAAUGAGGUGUUCCAGCGGGAUGUGAAUGAUUUGCAUAUGACACACAAGAUUGGACUUGUUGAAGCACUGUGUGGAUUUCAGUUCACAUUUAAGCACCUUGAUGGACGUCAGAUUGUGGUCAAAUAUCCUCCUGGAAAAGUAAUUGAACCAGGUUGUGUUCGUGUAGUCAGAGGUGAAGGAAUGCCACAGUAUCGUAAUCCUUUUGAGAAGGGGGAUCUCUACAUUAAAUUUGAUGUUCAGUUUCCUGAAAAUAACUGGAUUAGCCCAGAAAAGCUUUCAGAACUCGAAGAUCUUCUGCCAGCUAGACCAGAAUUUCCCAAUGUAAUUGGUGAUGCAGAAGAGGUAGAUCUUCAAGAAUUUGAUACCACUCGUGGUUCAGGUGGUGGCCAGAGACGUGAAGCUUAUAAUGAUAGUUCUGAUGAAGAAAGCAGCCAUCAUGGACCUGGGGUACAGUGUGCCCACCAGUAAACAUUUGUCUAAAAAGUUGCACAAGGAUUUUUCUUUCAAAUUUUGCCUGACUUGUUUUCAACAAUCCAGAUGGAUUGUGUAAGUAAUCCAGAUGAACCAAUGGACAUCUAUUGCUGUAUGUGUAACUUUUAAAUUGGUCUAUAGUAUCUACAGAGUGUAAUUUAAACUAACCACAGGCUUACAUCUUCAUUUUGACUGUGUAGCAGAAUAAAGCACUUGAAAGGAAGACGAGACUCCUUUUCACAUGGGUUUUAAGUUUGUCCUCGUAUCUGUGCUUGAUUUUUAUCAGUUUUGUGUAGAUUUUAAGUUUCAUAUUUUAAAUUCAAAUUCUACAUUGUAAAGUUUGUGUACAAUUUGUCCUGAGGCUUGGUAUUUGGCUGCACAUGCAUAAGCUGCUACAAGUAGAAUCAAGAAUUUCAUAGCCUGUAUCUAUCAUCUAGAUGCAUGGUAAAUGGGCUUUGCACAUAAUGGGUUUAGAGCUGACUGGGAACAAUGAAAGACUAAAUUAGAAGUGGUUGUAAGUUUUUUUUUCUACCAUCUUGUGAACGGUUUCUGAAAUUAAAUAAAAGCAGUUGGUGUAUAAUAUA